UCGAGUUGCAAGGUCUGGGCCACUUCGAAUGACAAACGCUGUAGCCUACACAUGUCUCAAAACCAAGUUGCAGGGGUUCUAUCCAAAAGAUCGAAGGUGUAUCUUGGAAAGGUUUAAUUUUACAUUUUAUUGUGGAUAUCCAAUAGCCUAAAGGAUAUGCGUGUUCCUGGCGAACUGUUUAAUUAUUUAUUAAAUCAGUGUUUGGAGGCAAGACUGAGCAAGUCAUUAAAGGUUGAAACUGAUAGGAUUUUGUGGAGAGAAGAGAAAGGCUUGGCCGCGUAGAGGGAGGCGCCUUCCGCGCUCUCCAGAAACCGAAAUCUUUGAAGAGGUUUUUUAUUCACUUCAGGCAAAGAGGACAUACACUGAAAAGUUGGACGCUUGAGAAUUAUGAGCGUUUGAAGGACAUUGUUGAUUUGAUUUUCACCGCUGAGACAUGCUCCACAUCCGACCUGAAGCCAGAGGGGGGAAAGGGUCCGAGCUCUCCGGAGUGCGCGCUGACUGGACUAAUACGCAUGAAAUCUCUGGUGGGCCCGGGUGGAGGACGAGUUGUAGGGACGGACGGGGAACCACCCCUAUACAGUCAGUGGGCACACCUAACCCCCUGAGAAACUGGAAGGUGCUGCUGUGGGUGGUGGUCUCUUUACUGCCCCUGGUGGAAGGGGCCCGUGUGGGCGCUGGUUUUGGGGCAAACUUGGGCCAGGCUUUGGGAAUGAUGGGCAGGAUGGGAGAGAGGCAGUUCCCUGACACUCUACCUGAGGUUGACGAAGAACAAGAAGAGGAGAGGGACCCUAACACUCCCUGGUAUGGCCUAUACGACCGCUCUGCGAUGUAUGAAGUCGACGACAAUCAGAGAAGCCUUUGGGGGAGACGUUCCCCGCGCAACUCUGACCCCUCAGACGCCGACCCAAAAGGCUCGGCCAAGAAAAAGAAGAAGAGAAAGAAGAAAGAGAAAGACAAAGAGAGGGACAGAAAGAGCAAAGGAAACGGCCGGAAAACCCAGCAGAGCAGCCGAGACUGCCGGGUGGAGAAACGAGAGAUGCGUGUCCGGGACCUGGGCCUGGGCUUUGACUCGGACGAGAUUGUCCUCUUCAAGUUCUGCGUGGGCUCCUGCCAGUCGUCCAGGACUAACUACGACCUGGCUCUGAGGGCCCUCAUGCUGAACGGGUCCCUGCCGAGGCGGACCUUGCGGCGGGUCGGCGCCCACCCCUGCUGCCGACCCGACCGCUACGAGCCGGUAUCCUUCAUGGACGCUCACACCACGUGGCAGACGAUCCGGUCACUGUCGGCGGCCAGCUGCGCGUGCGUGGGCUGAGGCGGCGCGGCCCGGAGCAAAGAGGACGGCGGGCGACCGGCUCUCAAUUAACCCCUGCCUGAGGACACACGGACAGACAUGGGAGGAUGGAGGGAAAGGAUCUGGAUCUCGGGGGAACCCCUGGGGCCCAGGGCACCGAGCGCAAAGCAGGAAGGAGAGUCUGCAGAGAGUCCAUGGUGGU